AUGUAUUAUCCAUCGCAACAACAGCAACAGCAACAGCAACAGCAACAACAACCUGGAUCGAUGCCUCCAUCGUCGUCUCAAUCAACAGCUAUGCCAAGACAUGCAUCACCGGCACCAGCACCGGGUGUCCCUCCAGUUUUGGCAUUGUAUCCAAAAUCGGCUCAAUCGAUCGUGAACACAGUACCACCACCACCACCAGAUACACUUCAACACGACAACCGGAUACCACAAAAACGACCCAGGAAAGAGCGUGCAUGUGACCGUUGCCGACGAAAGAAAAUAAGGUGUGAUUACUCUCAAGCGCACGCUGAGUUACCUUGCUCGUCAUGCAGAAGUUAUGGAACGGUUUGCACGUUUAAUGAGGCUGCUCGUAAACGAGGACCAUCCAAAGGAUAUGUGGAAGCAUUGGAGAAUCGAUUACAACGAAUGGAAGCAAUCCUUGCCAACCUUGCCAGUUCAGGAAAUGCAUCGGCAGAAACGGUACAACAGCUCUUGGAAGACGAGAAAGCCAAAACGACGACCACAACAUCAUCCUCAUCGUCGGCUGAAGAGGAACAAUCCAUUCAACAUUAUCAGCAACAAAAGUCAUCAUCAUCCACGAGCAAACAUGAUCAACCACUUAUACCGGAUUACUCUUACUUUGGAUCCUCGUCAGGGAUAUAUUUCGUUGCAAAGUACUUUCCCGAUUUGAUACAGCAUGAGAAACCCCACUUUUUGCCAAUCACGGGUGGUGAUAUCAUGAUCAAUCGCGAGGAUUUCGACAAUGAAGGACCUUCUGUUCUCCCUAAUUAUGGUCAAUGGGCAUUGCCACCCAAGGAAGUGGUCGACAAACUCGUUGAAUUAUUCUUCUCAAGAAUGAACAAGCUGCUUCCGGUGUUGGACGAAGAAGAAUUCCUGGCCAAUUAUCGAAAAGGAUACGACGCUGUAUUUAUGCCGCUGCUAGUAGCUAUUUGCCGUGGCGCAAGCCGAUUAUUGACUGAUGAUGAUCCACUUGUCAAAAAAUAUGGCAUUGAUCGAAGACAACUACUCGUAUCGCUCGACCGACAAUACAACCACAAUUGCAACAUUGACAUGAUGACACCCAAGAUUGAACAUGCUCAAGUACUCCUGGUGAUGGCAUAUUGUGCUGAAAAGUGGGCACCUGAGAGCGAGGAUUGGGUGAGUGCUAGCUUGGCAGUGAAAAUGGCUCAAGAUCUUGGAUUACAUCGAUCGAGGACACAACAGCAAUUGGCACCCCACCUGAUUGAACCAUACAAACGUCUUUGGUGGUCUGCAUACGUCAUGGAUCGAUGGAUUUGUGCUGCUUUGGGAAGACCAUUGAUCAUUUCGGAUGCUGAUUGUGACAUUGAAUUGCCUGCAGUGGAACACCAUGGCAACAACUAUGAAUACCUCAUACAACUCACCAAAUUAUCGGGGAUCCUGGGCGAUGUUUUACGAGUAUUAUACGCACCUCGAGCUCGACUAGUGGGCAACUUGCAAGGCAUGAGUCAUAUAUGCAACAACUUGGAUCGUGCAUUGGCAGACUGGCAAAAUGGAUUACCUGCAGACCUCAAGCUCAGUGAAAAGGAUAUCCAAAUGGUUGUACACGAGUCACUAUCAGAUGAGUUAUCCAAACGUCUCAAUAAUGGAGCGGGACAAUUGCGCCUGGUAUAUAAUUCAGUCCUUUUGUUGAUGCGGUUACCUUUCUUUUGUAAUGGAAACCAUGCCCAUCUUGCUACGGAGGUUCUCAACGCUUCAAGAGAAGUCAUGUAUAUCGUACAAGCAUUGGAUAUUCCAUCACUGAUUGUUGUCAGCUGGACAUUGAUGGGUCAUGUCUUUUUACAAACGCUCUGCAUUCUCUUGUUAUGCCGACGUGAUUCAAACCCGGCUAUUGCAUCUGGUGCUGGUCACUUGCUAACGAUCUGCAAGGAACAAUGUAGACGUUUAGAGCCUUAUAUACCGGAACGUUCGAUGGUGUCGUUUGUGGAAUUACUGGAGAAGAUUAUUGUGGAGGACAAACUCAACAAGACACCCUUAGUGAUAUCUGAAUCCCCUGUAAAGAGAGAAGAGUUGGAUGACGCUCCUUCAAUACCUCAACAUGAACGACCGAGCGAAUAA